CCGCCGAGCACUUCCGGUGCCCGCCCAGCUCCUCAGGCGUUGCGUCUCUCGCCGUCGUCAAGUCGUCGUCGCCUGGAGGUCGUUGUCAACGGGCAGGGCGGCGGCAGCUGCGGCGGCGCCGCUCGUCGUCUUGGUCGUCGGCGCUCGUCGUCGUCGAUUUGGGGUCGGUCGAAAAUAUAUACAUUGCGUUCUCUCCACUCUUGAGGAGUCCUUUAAACUGAAGAACUUGGGGACGUGAGCAUCCAGGAAGCUGUUUAUGAAAGCCAAGCCACUCCAGAACAAAAGAUGAGCAAGAACAAAGAGGAUCCUCCCCAUGAGCUGGAGAGCCAAUUUAUAUUACGUCUACCUCCGGAAUAUGCUUCUACUGUGAGAAGGGCAAUACAGUCUGGAAACGUCAGUCUGAAAGACAAAUUAACCAUUGAAUUACAUCCUGAUGGACGUCACGGAAUUGUCCGGGUUGAUCGUGUCCCAUUAGCUUCUAAGCUGGUUGACCUACCCUGCGUUAUUGGAAGCUUGAAAACCAUUGAUAAGAAAACCUUUUACAAGACUGCAGAUAUUUGCCAGAUGCUUGUGAGUACUGUGGAUGGGGAUCUUUAUCCACCUCUGGAAGAACCAGCUGCCACUAAUGACCCAAAAGUAAAUAAGAAAAAAGAUAAGGACAGAGAGAAGAAAUUUAUCUGGAACCAUGGCAUCACUCUGCCAUUGAAGAACGUCAGAAAGAGAAGGUUCCGGAAAACAGCCAAGAAGAAGUACAUUGAAUCUCCAGAUGUGGAAAAGGAAGUCAAGAGACUGCUGAGUACAGAUGCUGAAGCUGUCAGUACCCGAUGGGAGGUCAUAGCUGAAGAUGAAACAAAGGACACAGAUAACCAUGGUUCCCUGACCAGCCUGGACAUCUCUCCAGGAAUGAGUAGCCACAAGCAGGGCCAUAGCUCAUCAGAACACGAUGAGCUUCGAGAGAUAUUUAAUGACAUUAGCAGCAGCAGUGAUGAUGACGAUGAACAAGAUCACCAUGAUGAUGAAGAUAUAAACAUCAUUGACACUGAGGAAGACCUGGAGAGACCACCACAAAGCACACCCGAUGAAUCUGAUGAGCAGCGCCAAGAAGAUGAAAAAGCAAAUCACCUUGUUGUAGGACUCCAGAAGCAGAUUGAUGUGAUGAAGGAAAAGCACCAAGAGACUCUGGAGAGAGCAAAACGCCAGGAGGACCUCAUCUUCAAAGUGGAAAAUCUGGCCCUCAAGAACCGUCUUCAGGCUGUGCUGGAUGAGCUCAAACAGCAGGAAGAACAAGAAAAGCAGCAGCUCAGCUCCUUGCAGGAACAGCUGGACUCACUCCUGGAGAACAAGAGAAAGAAUAUUGCCUAAUGGAAGCUUUGGAGACAUGAGCCCAGCAAACCUUCCAGUUAGAUCGGGCCUCAGUAGAAAAAGGAAAGCACUCUCCUGAUGAAUACCUAAUGGACUAGGCAGUUCUCCAGUUAAUCAGACAAGAGCCGGGAUUUGUUGAGCAGGGGAAGGGAAGUAGAUCUGAAAGGCAUUUGAGGAGGCAGUUCCAGUUCUGUUACUGUCACCAAACAUCUUGAGAGGGAUUGGGCCUGAAUCUUACAUAAGCCUCAGAGGAGGGAACGAGAGAGGGGGGGAUAAGCUGUGUUUCUCGGACUUCCCUGUGUAUAGGGCUGCAGGGAAGUUGGUCCUCGGGCUCCGGACUUGCUGUCCAGAAUCCCCCAUUACCAGAGACUUUUCCAGCCUGGCAUAGGACCCGGGCACUUCUCUGCACCAUGAUGCAGCACUGGGGAACAGCCUUCAUGGUAGUUCCUGGGUGAGUGAAAUACUGCUGCUUGCCAUGGAAAGAAACAGAUUUUACAUCGACCAGGCUCACCUCCCCAAAGAUGUCCCCAGGCUUACCUCAGGCCUUCACAUGCUCUGCUAUUGCAUUGUCCACCAGCCCUCCUUGCUAGCACAGCUCCAUACUCGUCACUGUCUCUGCCUUGUCUUGUCUUUGCCAGAAGUGGAAAUCUCGUAAAGAUUAAGAAGGAAGAGUUCAUUUGUACAUAAGUGCUAUGUCUGUAACUUUAGAUUAUAUAGUUCUUGUAAGUGAGGUCACAUGUCUUUUUAGCUUCCACACAAUGCCUGCUGUUAAGUGGCUGAGGUGCCAAUAAGAG